AGAGAGAGAGAGACACAGGAAAAGAGAGAGAGAGACACACACACACACACAGGAAAAGAGAAAGAGAGAGAGAGAAUAGAAGGAUAGAUUGAAAAGGGAAGGAGACACAGGGGAGGGAGGUAAAUAUGUGACAGGAUGUGGUUUCCCUGAGCUCGCAGAACAUCGGUACAUACUUUGAGGAUGACCCAGACGCACGCAGCGAGGUGGAACUGAGGGGGGAAGCCGAAGCCAAGCGCUGGAUCCGCCGCAGACGCUCCGGUUCCUCGGUGGAGGAGCACGCGUGUUCCCUCGAAGCAGCAGAGCAGCCUCCCCCGUGAGCCCGGCGCCCGAACCCCGCAGUCCUCCAUCCCUGCUCCCCGGUAGAAUGCGUUGCUCUGCCCCGGCUGCCGCCUGCGCGUCCGAGCACUGAACUUUUCAACGAGAUUCGCGAAACAGAGGCCCCGCCCACUCAGAGACAGCCAUGGGCUGCGGGCUGCGCAAGAUGAAGCCGACGUCGGAGGAGAACAGUCCGGGGAAGAUUUACUCCACCCUGAAGAGACCGCAGGUGGAGACCAAGGUGGGCGUGGCCUACACCUACCGCUACCUGGACUUCCUCAUCGGCAAAGACGGUGGGACGUCCACGCUGCGCCUCUCGUCGGUGCGAGAGCUGCCCGGCCAGCUGCAGGAGCUCUACCAGCAGGGCUUUGUGCUGGCGUCCGUUCACCCGUUCAUCCACCCGUGCGGUCCGGAGUCCAACAGCCCACAGCACCAGCUGUACCGGGCCAUCCUGAUCCGACUCAACGACGGGGUGGAGAGGAGCCAGUCUGUCUGCCCAUCGUACAAACUGCAGCUGGAAGAGUGUCUGUCUGCCGAGCAGGUGCCCACGCCAGAGCUCAUCCAGGGCUACGUCAAGAAGCAGAUCCAGGAUGCUGCAGACCAGGGGGUGAUGUUCGUGGGAUUCGUCCAGGAGCCCUACGGGGCCCCGUGCACCAGGAUCCGACAACCGGACACGCCCUCCCUCUCCCUGCACUCUAGCCCCAGCUCUGUGCUCGGUUCCCUGGGCAGCUGCAGCCCCUCGAACCCCUCGAGCCCCAGAAACCACGCGGCGCCGGGAGCUCACGAGGACGCCGCCGGGGACAAAGACGGGAACGAGGGGGCCGGGGGAGGAGCGCCAAGUGUGGAGAAUAAUCAAAGUGGGACCACCGGGAACCAUUCGGGGAGCGCGGCGGAGGGCAGUCCGGCCGGAGUCUCGCCUGUGGAGGGAGACCCGGAGCACAGCGAGGAGCUGACGGAGGAGGCGACGGAGGAGGAGUCGCCGUGUCACAACAACAACAAAGACGCGAAUGAGAGGCUGAGAUACCGCCUGCGGAGGGGCGACGGCGCGGAACUGCUGGCUUUGUACAACCACCCGCCGGCGCGAGAGGGCCAGAUGAAGUACUACACCGUCAAGGUGCCGCUGCGGGUUCAAAACUGUGACGAGGGGGUCAAAGGCGUGGAGGCCAACUGGCUGGAUCACAUGACUCAGCACUUCAACAAUGGCGCCUCCCUGGUCGACGGAUACUUCCACCUGGGCAAUGGGAACGAUAUGCUGCCUAAGUCGGUGGAGAGCGUCUUCAUCUUCCAGGAGGCGAGCGAGGGCGAGCCGAACGCGGCAACCCCGACGUACGAUGCCAUCGUAGUGGAGCAGUGGACCGUCAUCAACGGUUUGCAGGUGAAGGCCGAUUAUGUUCCUCUGCUACAGUCCUUGGCCACGUAUGGAUGGAGGCUUACCUGCGUGCUGCCCACUCCUGUAAUCAAGACCAACAGUGAUGGAAGUCUGUCCACCAAGCAGAUUGUUUUCCUGCAGAGACCCAUCUUGGGCCGAAAGAAGAGGGAAUCCAAGAAUUUGAUCUUCAAGCCCCGAAGCAAGUCCAACAAGAACUGCAUCAAAGACGCAGCGAAGAACAAGAGGAAGAAGAAGACGGAGAAGGAUGCAGACGAGCCCAAGAUUGUCGACGACAGAGAGAGGAUCGAGAGAGAGGAGGACCAGAGGAGGGACAAGAGGGUGAACGCAACAGAUGUAGAGGCAGCGAGAGAAAGUGAGACAUCCAAAGAAAGGGAGGUGAGGUGUGAGGAAGAUAGAAUGAUUGAUGAUGGGAUUGAAAUAAGCAUCGAAGAGAAAGAUAGGGGAGCAGAGACGAAGGACAAAGGAGCAGAGAACGGCACAGCGGGGGAGGGAGAAGACAAGAUGGCGCCGGAAGGAGCGGGAUCAAAGGAGAACGGAGAGCCUUUCGGGAACGUGGAGGUCCGGGAAGUGACGGAAAUCGUGGCGACCGUCGAAACGCGGAGCGAGACCAAAGAAGACGGAGACGGGGGCGUGGCGGAAGUUGUGAUGGAGAACGGGGUGGAGACGGACGAGGAGAACGGCGAGGGCGACGGGACCAAAGGGAAGGCUGAAGAGCCGGCGGGCGGGGAGGUGGUCGCCAAGGAGACCGCGGCACGGCCCACACCGACUAUCGAAAGCCAAGAGAAGGAAGAGUAGCUGCAAGUAGUCCGAGGCGAGAUCCCCCCCCCUAUACCCUACCUCUCAAAUCCCCCAUCGUAAGAACUGGUUCACAGUUGUUGUCCCCGAUCCAGAUUAAAAAGGUGCUCCGAUCCCCCAUCGCUGCAGCGUCCUCCAAACCCGACCAACUCAUAGACGAUUCGCCCGCAACCCGCCGCAGUGUAGCUACAGAGAGACAUCCGCCCUCAUGCAUAAUCACACAUAAUGUAUAUAUCCAAAACAUUUUCAAUGUGGAGACACUGGAAUGAGGAAUCGACGCGGGGUGGAAAGUCUAGAAGGAUGACGCGAUCAGAGCGGGUGUGUUUUCUCUUUAAGAGUGUGAAACGGUGUUAAAAGGCCUGGCAGCACCAGCGUUUAAGACGUUUUACUUUCAACGGAACUGCAGAAACGAUUGGGUUUGAUUUGUCGUGGGCAAAGUAAAUCCUUCAGUGAGCCAACCUGAGUGUUAAAGAGUGUUGAACUCUGAGGUAACCGAGACUCGGAGAGCCAAAAUGGUGGACAUAAUCGUAGCUUAGCUGUGUUGCGUAAUCCACUGUGUGAAUAGUCCCCCGACGCCCUGAAUUACAUGUUCUGGUGCGACCAGGCCUGGAAGGGAGGGAGGUUGCAUGCGUCGCAAUAGAAUAGGAGCGGAUCGGACAUUCCGGUUGCAAUGGGCUUAGCAGGAUGGUCACAGCGGCGGCCAUUUUUUUUUUUAUUAGUGCCGUUGCACUUCGGUGUAAACCGACAUGCGGCUCGCCACAGACUCACCGGCUUUAACGUGUAACAAAACAGGGUAUCCCAUCUGUCCCUUUUACACGUCUACUGCGACCGACGUGCGUGACGACCGACGACCUUUUGUGAACUCGCGGCGAACAGCUCAUUGUCCGCUCUGCUCCUAUUAGCAUGAUUCCCAAUUAAAUGUAAUUGUGAGGGUGCAUUUCCACAAACUGAGAGAACAGCAGCGACCGCGGCUCGGAGCAAGCUCUCCGGUCCUGAUAUUUGGACCCAGAUAUAGCACCUGUUACGAUAGGUACUUAUAGCUCGACAAUUAAAGGGCCGGCGUCUGCGUGUGACCACGGACCGCGUCGCCGUUUCCUCCUGAGGGAAGUCGGGAGGAGAGCGCUGGCAGAGGUGAUGGGAAAGGCGUUCGUUGCGACAGGCAAUCCAAAGUAGGGUGAAGAGAUAAUUGUUUACGCUGAGCUCUAAGCCGUCAUGUGCUUCAAAGAGAGCCGAUAAUCACUCUUUGGUGUGGUGUUGCUAAGCUCACCUUGCAUACAGAAUGUUCCAUAUUCAGAGAGUCAGAUAAGGAUGUGAAAUUCAGCUGAAUGUUUGCAGCCUUGGGAGUGUGUGUGGGGGGGGGGGGGGGGGGGCAGAACUCAUAUUCAGGAGUGAGGAUCUAUUUCUGCUCAAAAUGUGCAUUUUAUUUUUUUUUAAAUUACAUUUCCAGUCAACGACCACGAGCAAAAAGCUCUCAUCAGGGACGAGGUUGAGUGACCGGGCCUUGUUGUUGUUUACAGGGACCCCCAAAAAAAAAUAACCCUGAAUCUUGAGGGAGAGAAACUGAGACGCACAGAAGGAGAGCGAACGAGAAAGACCGCAGAGGAUAAGGGAGUCGAAUAAAAGAAAUGAAUCGGCUCAUUUAAAAAGUAACGGCCGCUCGGCAUUCCCCCGUUGAGACUUCCUUCAUUAUUUUACCUCCAGCUCCUUUAAGCACCUCUUUCCCGACAUCAUUUCUGACAAUAACCCAGUCAUAAUGUGCUGUUUCAUGGCAUCGUGUAGCUUUCCAUUUAAAGAAAUGUGUGGGGGUGGAGUGGGGGGGGUAGGUGGUGAUGUUGUUCCCGGGGUGGAGCUCUCAUUAGCUCACUAAUGGGUUUUGUCCGUGGGGUGUCUGUCAGGAAUCAUGCAUUUAUUAUGCGGGUCUCUUAUCGGGGGACAGCAAACCACCUCAACGCGUCAAGCAAAUAGCCUUCAGAUUUACCGCUGAUGUCACGGGGGAUCAUGUGCACUGAGGAGGACGAGUGUGUGCUCAGAAGUUUGCAAAAAGAAAUAGCACACACACACUUCAUCGUACAAUAGCCUAUUUAUUAAAAUGUUAGCUUUCGGUUAAUCAAGAACGUAAACUACCUGCUGUCCUGCUUCACUCAGAGUAUCAUUUGUCACAAUUUGGAUCUUUGGUUUUAUGAGAAUAGAUGAUACUUUGGUCCAGAACAACUCCUCAAUUACACAGAAGUAAGAUCGAUUAUGCUGAAUGAGUGCUCUCCUUAUUAAUGAAUCCACCCGCCGCUGAGAUUUUCAAUGUAAAAUGGCAAGUGAUUUUGUGUAGAGUAGAAUAUAAAAACUGUGACCAGCUUAGCCUUAUUACUAUACUGUAAAUGCCCCACAAUCUGCUUUUUAGAGGUGAUUUAAUUGUUGUAUGUUUGUUAUCGUCGAACAGGAAAGAUCUGCUGCGGUCCGUGUUGGUAUUUUUUAAGCUGUUUUAUUAUUACUGGAAUUCAGACUGAGGGGAGACAAAGUAUUGGUCUAUAUGAAGGUAAUAGGAUUCAUUGAAUUUCUUUUUUUAUUAUCAUUAUUGUGAAUGUUCAGAGAUUUUAUUAAAGCUCGAUGAGAGAGGUAUUUCUGACCUCCCGAGGGCUGCUGUUGGUUUUAAACCCGGGGGUCGCCGUGUGCGUGACCCCCGCAAACAUAUGCUCCCCGCCCUCUCGCCCUCCACUCCAGACCCGUGGGCGUGAUCGCUAAUGGCAGACAAGGUCAAAGGUCAUGUCUGAGCCAGAAUGGAUUCCCCACAGCUGCGCACGGGAGUUCCUAGGAGCACGUGAGAAAUGACCAACUCUGAUGAUAUUGAAUGAAGACAUGAAGUCAUAUUAUGAUAUUCUCUUUGGUGUUUUGCUUUGUUGAUUUUCUAAACUUCAUUCUCUCGGCUGCUUUUAGCUUCCGGCUGUGUGAGCUUUAAUAAGCACUUAUUGUAUUCAAGGAAUAUUUGAUCGCUCCCUCUUGCAUCAGAGCUGCUGGGGGAGCGAAUGAGACUCAGCUGUCAGUUUCACGCGUUUGUCAGGAAGUGACGAAUAUGAAUUAUGAAAGGCAAUACCAAAAGACGCCUUUUGAUAUAGCUGACGAGAUCGCUGUGAAUAUUUUGACAAAUGUCCCCACUGGAUCCGGGUUAUUACUUAUUUCAUCUACUGCAUCUGCUUCAUGAAUUUGUUUCAGCAUUCCUGAAACCGUGACGUUUAUUCCCUCUUUGGCAUCCUGUGAAAACAGACGGAUCACAUUCCACAAUAUCUAGAAUAUCAAACAAAUCAGAGGUGACAUAUCUAUAUGUGACGUGACCACUACGUUCCGGUUAGACAUCCCAAAAACAAGGAUGGCCGUGACCCGUCCCACCUGAGGCCUCCCUGAUAAAGGCUGAUUGGUGGCGCUGCAGUCUAACCUCUGACAUGAGGACACUUCAGGGACUGUGGGUAAUUGUGACUUUUUUUUUUUGUGCUGGUAAAAGAAAAAUGUGGAAAGGCAGGAUGUCACACAUCCAUCAGUUAAAUGAUGCCGAACCCUGCUCGGGGGGAAAAAAGGAGAAGACCUUUCCACUAAUGUUAGAUUUAAAUAUGCAUGUGCAGCCCUCUGCCCAUUUGUGUAAAAAGAUUAAUUUAAAAAAAAGAAGCUAAUAUACAGUUUUCCUAUCAGCGUAAUUGUCUCUGAACCUCAUUAGUGGCGCCGGUGCAAUCGUUCUUGGUGACGCUGUAAAGAAAAAGAAAAACGCAAAGGUUCAUUUCCUGUGUGCUACCGCGAUGUGAAAUGAGUAGAACCGACAGAACAUGACACAAUAGGAUGCCGUCAUUUUUAUUUUGUGUUCUCCUUCUUCUGCGUUGUCACUUUAGCUUGCUCGCAGCCUCUGGAAAAUGUAUUCUUAGGUUUUUGGUCUCUGAUGUUUUUGUAUCACCUCGGCUGCCAUCUUGGAUGUUGAGUAUCUUUGAUCGUGUGCCGUUGUCACUUGCGGAGCAGUGUUUGCUAUCAAGGAGGAACAAAGUAGUCUUUAUCUUUUGCUAUCCUGUCCACAUUCCUAUUGUUCAUGACAUCUGUACAAUUUGUAUAUUAUAAAAUGAUUUAUAUUUAAUGUGUA